GUGUGUGUGCUUCCGUGAAUAUGUGUUUGUGUGUGAGAUCCUUAAUCUAGCAUGAGAGAAUGCAGUAUCUAAAAAAAAAUGUUUUUACUAAAACGUAUUGACUCGGAUUCAAAUACGCAUCAGCACUGAGGGAACUUCUCCCCUUCAUGAACAGGUUGGACAAGUAUCAGUGUUUGGAUAAAAUUAACUAAGAGUGACCUUUCUUUGACCCUGGCAUGUACUCGGAAAUGUUCCUGGUUAUUUUUCAUAUGAACUGCCCCAUCCUUCUUCCUUUUUCCUUUUUCCCUUACUGGCCUGUGUUCAGUUCGGGGAAAAAACGUACUGUAACAUUCAAUUAAACGGAAACAGUGCUGUUCUGAAUGACCAGUUCAAAAACUGGGAGGGAUUGGGUUGUGGGCUGUGGAACGCUGUCAGCAUGGCCGCUACCCUUUAAAUAUGUCACUCACUGAUUCAAGCCACACCCCACCACACCCACCAAACGGAGAAAACGUACCUCAAAGUCUGUUCAAGAACGUUGAAGAACAAUUUGGGGAAAUGUGUCAUUCAGUACAAAUGGUUACACAGUGUACCACAUGUUCAAUCGAACUGAACGCACCCCUGUGCUCUCACACCCUCUUGGAGUUUCAAAUCUCUGGAUUUACACUCAUGUAAACACUGCCCCCUCCAGGAUUUCAAACAUCAUUGUUCAUGCGCUGACAAAUCAAAGGGAUGCAUCAGUUCAAACCAUGUUCAGUUUGUCAUCUGCAUCAGGAGACUAUGUUAACGGUUGUUAAAUUAUGUGGUAAAUGGCUCUGGUUUAUAACACAUUAAUCAAGAUACAGUAAGUGCUUACUGACCCCUCGCCCCCCCCACACACACACACACACAUUUACCUCAUAAACUAAUGGCUUAGAAGCUUGUUACAGUAAAAAUCAACUACUUCUACACCAUUUUCUGUUAAUGUACAAAGCUCAGAGUAAAGGCAAAAUAAAUUAUGACAGAAGUGGUUCAUGUUAUCUACAUAAUUGCCUCAUGUUUCUUCACACACUUUAUCAUCCAAUAUUGUGUAAAACCAUAUUAUGCUAUUUUGAUCUUGAGUAUUCUUUCAGAGUGUGUAAGAAUGCAACAACUCAGUGCAUCUUAGAUAAGCUCCUCUAAACAACUCCAAUGUGUUCAGGGAAAUUAUUAUGCCAAAGAAUUGUGUAGAAUAGCAGAGCUUACCUCAACAUCAGUGUUUAGCAAAUUUGAUGCAUUUCAUAGAUUGUAUCCUUAUUCUAGGUCCUGAAAUCUCCCUUUGGGUUAAUGUUAAUAACUCAAACUCACAAAGCUCAGAUUUGUGAUAAGUACAAAGCAGUGGUAUCAUAUACGUGAAUACAUGUGUUGUAUUUAAUUGUUGAGGGGAUGUCAAACUGCUAAACCUGCGGUAGUGGCUGGUCACAACAUGUUUAUAUAACCUGUGUCUGAUAUUCGUGAGUUUACCUUCUACAACCCUUUGUCACUGGAAAAAAAACUUCUUAUUCCACUUAUUUACAUUAGGUAUUAAAUGUCAAAAUGUGCAAGAACACAAUGAUAGAAUGUGUCAUCUUUUCACUCAUGGUUACCCAGAUUUACAUUUCAUCCAUUUACUAACAUUCAUCACAUUGGUGAUAGGUCCCUAAAUGAUUUCCAAGUUUUGUGUCCACUCUCAUCUCAAAAUGAAAAAGGGAGAUUUCAAAUGUUGUAUGUAUAUUUAUAUUUUAAUUUGUCACAGUGACAUCAGAAUGAAAUGAUUGUGACAAAUAACUGUUUUUAAUUCAAUAAUAUAUUGUUCAAGAAAUUCAGACUGUGCCUUAUAGAAAAAACUGAUGCAAAAUUAAAAAAAAUACAACUUCAUAUAUUGUCAUUGUUCUCAUACUGAUGGUGCAAUUAUGCUUCUCUGAUAUGAGCAUGAGAUGAAUGCGAAUGAAGAAGUCUGAGAUAAACUCAGUUAUUGCUGUCUGCAGACUGUCUGAGCAUCAGCUGUCUCUGAGGCCUCCGUUAAUACCGUUCUGGUAUCAUUUGUGACUUCUUUACCCUGUCUGUUCAACAAAGCUGAAACCUUCUUCACUAAAAAUGUUUUUUUGACAAUUUGUUCAGUUUAGUUUACCAAGAAACAGAGCACACGACAGAAAUUCAGGAAGCCUGAGGGUGUAGGAAGGUCAUCAUAGUCCUGGGGAUUCAGGGAUUGUAAACUGAUCCUGGACCUGUGCCUAGUGUCGAUUAAAAGACUGCGUAAUUCACGUUACAAUGGCACCAGCACCACUGUCCAAUCACGGUAGGUCUUACCCUUAUUGACGCAAAUCCUUACCAAUCAGAUAGGUUGUGGGAGAGUAUGGGCGGUAAGAAUGGUUGAUGAGGAAGUUUAUUGUUCAACAAUGAAACAAGUCAAAACAAGAAGAGAGAUGCUGUGAAAAGCAAGUAUUACAGUCAGUGGAUAGCCGUUGUGUUAGUAUUUUACCUUUCUAUGAGAUAGCAGAGUAUAAUUUUCUUGUAGAAUAAAAUAUUAUACGAUGGUCCUUGCGAAACAUCUGCGUUUAUUUUGGGGGGUAACGUUACGUUAGCAAGUUCUUGGCGACAUUUAAUCUUUAACUAGUUAUAGUAGCUAGAUACCCAGUAGGUUAGUAAGGACAAACACACGCGUUGCAUUAAUUGAGCCUGAUAGCUAUAUACGGUUGGCUACAUUACUCAGACUAUCCUUGGCAUAGUCACCGUGUGGCCUAGGUACGUGGACGGUGUUGUACAGUGAACUGGGGGGAGGCGUGUCAAGUGUUACGACAUAAUCAGCUAGAGUUGACAUUAUAGAGGACGACGAGCUACCGUUUGGUGAGUCAGUCUCUUGAAGUGAGAACAAAGUCGUUGUGAUAUCCAAAACCUGCCAAAUUAGUAUUUUUGUAAAAGCUUAAAGCUUUGAAAAUGUCUUUGGCUGACCAAAGUCAGCAGUGGUAUCCCACAAGCGUACAGGUGACCGUGUUCCAAGCCAGGAAUUUGAGGAUCAAAGGAAAGAAUGGAACCAACGAUGCCUAUGCCAUCAUGCAGGUGGCCAAAGACAAGUUUUCUACCUCGGUUGCCGAAAAAUGCGUCGCACCGGUAUGGAAGGAAGAGGCAUCGUUUGACCUGUCACUGUUCCACCAUGGCAACGCUGAACGCUGCACACUGUAUAUCAUAGUAAUGCACAGAGCUCUGGUGGGACUGGACAAACUCCUGGGACGAGCUGUGAUCAACCUACUGGAUCUACACGAUAACAGCGCCCGCAAAAAGACCGAUUGGUACAAACUGCUGGAUAAGAAUGGGAAGGAGGACAAGGUCAGAGGGGAAGUGAUGUUGGACAUCCAGUUCAUGAGAAACAACUUGACAGCCAGCAUGUUUGACCUUUCCAUGAAAGACAAACCACGCUCCCGCAUCGGAAAGCUCAAGGACAAAGUGCGUGGGAAGAAAAAGGACAGCUUCUCUGACUCGGCCUCUGCAAUAGUGCCCUCUUUCAGCCAGGUAGUCACUGACAGCGAGGGAGAGGCUGACUCCCACUCAGUGUGCCCAGAGUCUCCUGGGGCCAAGAAGAAAUCCAAGCUCAAGUCCCUCUUUGCCCCUAAAUCCAACCUGCAGCGCAAUGUCUCCCAGUCCAUGUCCACACUGGGCACUCUUCCUGAGAAGAACGCAUCCCUCAGUGGCAGUCGCUCUUCUGGCCUCAAUGUGGAUUCUCCUGAUGUUAAAAAGAAAUUCAAGUUCCUGGGCCACAAGCGCACAGACAGCAAUGACAGCAAAGUGUCUACAGGACCUUUUUCUCUUCUGGGCAGAUCCAAGCAGAAAGAAGACCCGAACAGUACGUGCAUCAACGGCAAUCAUGUGUAUGCAGAGGAGGUAGAACCCAUGUCUGGGUCCACCCUCAGCCUUAACAGCUCUGGUCAGGGCUCAGUGGAGGAUGUACGAAGCCACAGGCAACCAUCUGAUGCCGCCAUAGACUCCCUCAAGGGUGCCUCUGUCAACACCUACAGAAAGGAGUCUGCAGAUAGGGAUAGGGCUCUGCUGGAGCAAAGGCGCCUUCAGGAAGAGGGAGAGAAGAGGCAGGCAGAGGAGAAGAGACAUAAUGAGGAGAAACAAAAAGUGCAGCUCAAGGUAUUGCAGGAGGAGGCACGCAAGCAACAGGAGGAGCAGGAGAGGAGAAUGUUCCAGGAGGGUGAGGCAAGGAAGAAGCAGCAGGAAGAGGGGGAGGACCGGAAGCGGCUAGCGGAAGAAAGAAGGCGGCUGAAGGCAGAUGAGCUUCAGAGGCUGGGGGAGGAGCAGAGGCAGCAGGAGGAGGCCAAGAAGGCAGAGGAGCAGAAACAACAGGAGGAGGCCUCUGUGACUGAGAGGCUGUCCUCUCUGUUUGGUAUGAUCAGGAAGAAGGAAGAGAAGAAGGAAGAGCUGCAGCAGAGUGUCGCCAAUGAGGUGAGGCCCAACCCAUCUCCCAGUCGCGGCACCAGAGAUUUGGAGGUCCCUGUUCCUGCCCCUCGCCAUGCUGCCAACACAUUCAAGGAUAUUCUCCUCAGUCCAGACCCUCCAAUCCCAGUUGAGGAGAGCCCGGUGGACCACCAGAAGGGUGUUUGCGGCACCAACACCCCGAGCGCUGCAGUCUUCAACUCCAACCGCACUGCCAAGGUGUCUGCAGUCAAGCCCAGAUUGGAGUCUCUGAAGCAGCCUGAAACCCCCAACUCAGACUCCCAUAGGCAACAAUCUCCCUCCCUGUCCUGCGCCGAAUCCCCUCUCUCUAGCGUCCCUUCUGAGUCUCCUGAUAUGUUCUCCAACCUUCACUCCUCCCUGGCUCCACCUAAGACACGGAGGAGCACCUCCGAAUCCCCCUGCAGCAGCACUGAGAACCUGGCUGCCAUAGGAUCUUCCCCUAUCGGAUCUGAGAGGAAGCGGCCAGCUCCUCUGCCCCCCAGCCCAAUGGAACUGCAUAGCCAUGGAAAUCCCAAUGCAGGCUCCAGAAGUGUGUCUGCUAAAUGUGGCUCUCUUGUGACAAUUAAGGAGGUUGAGGCCAAAAGACCUCCUCUACCUCUUCCUGACUAUGAUCGCCUGUUCCCACAGAAGAGGCAUGGAGUACAAGGACAGACUCAGUGGGACAAUAUCAUUGCAGAAGUGAAUCAGAGACAGCAGGAAUACACAUCUCAGCUCAUUGGAGAAGAGAUGAGUGUGGAUGGCCCAGGCCUCGACUCCCCAGCACCUCCACACAAUGAAAAAUAUUCAUACUUGAAGGAGAGGGCAGCAGAACGCCUUAACCAGCAACAGACACAAGUUCAGGAAGUUCAAUCUUCGUCUUGGAGGAGAGUGGGGCCCAACAGUUCGCCAGCGCUCAUCCCCCCUCCCAAACCUGGAGCUGCAGCCCCCCCUAGACUAGUGAUAGACUCAAACAAAAAGCAAGGCCAGAACACUGCACAGGCUAAUCCAUCUGUUGAAAGACACAACGCCUUCGUCUCCAAAGUCUUGGGCUCUACAGAUCCUAUGGCUCAAAGCAGCAACGUACCCUCAGUGAAACCUUGGGAGGAUGCAAGGAAGGUGCCUAAAACAUCAGUUGCUUUAGCCAGCGAAGGCCAUUCUGUUCUCCCAAUAGAAAAGCCUACUAGACUUACAUUAAGAGAAGUUUUGGUGUCAAGUUGUACAGAUGUACCUAAAGGACUGCCAAACACUCUCAAAGAGAUCCCCGCAACCAAACCCAGACAAAGAUUAACCAGCAAAGAGCCAGUGAGACGAGUGGAUCCUGAGCCAAAAGCAGCAGAGUCUACUACCAAUGUACAGCAGGAGAACAGGUCAGAAAUGAGGGCAGCCUCCACACUGGACUUCAUAGACAUGAGAGUGAGUAUUCCUGUCAUGGCAAAGAACACUGAGGUAACUGCUAACAGUGAAAAGCAACCCUCAUCUGACUCUGUAGAAAGCGACAUUAACAAAAAACAACUGGAACGCAUUAUGAAAGAGACAUUUUCUGAGCCUGACCCUUUUCCCAUUGCGGAGGUCCUGCCUAAAUACCCAUGGGCUCAACCAGAGCAGAGCCACAGUGGAGAUGACCUGUUCAACCCCCCAGCACCUCCACUUAAUGACAAAUAUUCCUACUUGCAGGAGAGGGCAGCAGAACAGCUAAACCAGCAACAGACACAAGUUCAGGAAGUUCAAUCUUGGAGGAGAGUGGGGCCCAACAGUUCACCAGAGCUUAUCCCCCCUCCCAAACCCCAUAGACUAGAGGCAGACUCAAACAAAAAGCAAAGCCAGAGCACUGCACAGAAUAAUCCAUCUGUUGAAAGACACAGCACCUUCGUCUCCAAAGUCUUAGUCUCUACAAAUCCUAUGGCUCAGAGCAGAGACGUACCCUCAGUGAAACCUCGGGAAGAUGCAAGGAAGGUGCUUAACACAUCUGUUUCGUCAGCCAAUGAUGGCAAAUCUGUUCUCCCAAUAGAAAAGCCUAAUAGACAUGCACCACAAGUUUUGGUGUCAAGUUCUACAGAUGAACCUAAAGGACUGCCAGACACUCCCAAAGAGAUCCCCUCAGCCAAACUCAGACAAAGUUUAGACAGCAAAGAGCAAGCAGAUCCUGAGCUAACAUCAGCAGAGCAUACAACUGUACAGCAGGAGAACAGAUCCGAGAUGAGGGCAGUCUCAACCCCGGACAUCAUGGAAAGUAGUCCAACGAUGGCUAAAGCUACUGACUCUGUAGAAGGAGACAUUAACAAAAAACAACUGGAAUUCAUUAUGAAAGAGACAUUUGAUGACCCUUUCCCCAUUGCUGAGAUCCUGCCUAAAGACCCAUGGGCCGAACCAGAGCAGAGCCACAAUGGCGAUGACUUGUUCUCUGGAGGACCACAGAAAGACGACAAGCUUGAACAGAGACUGACAACUGAUGACUUGGUUAAGCUUUUUGUGCCAAACAAUCCAACCGAUCUGUUCUCCAGUUGUAACGACAGUGACUCAGAAAAACAUCCAGAGGAAGAAAAACCAGAAGAGCCCAGUCCUGCUUUUCAAAUGGUAUUUUCUCAAAGGAAAAAUAAACGAGCAGCACCUCAGCCUCCAGCUAAUUCGAGCAAUAAAGGAGCCAUGGGAAAGGGUGAGCUGGUUAAACGAGACCCUUCACCCAGAGAAAAUGAGACCACCAGGUUAGCCACUACAGGAUCUGUCAAACUUGAGCCUCAAGCCAAAAAUACUAGACAGAGAAAUCUCUAUGGUAAAGAAAAGGUAGAAACCCAAGCCAGGAAAGAGAAGUGGACAGCAGACCCUUUUACCUUCUCCCGCAUGUCUUCUGACUUGACUUCUCCUGAGCCUCCCCAGUCAGUAGGUGAGCCCAACCCCCAGGCAGGGGCUGAGGGUAAGACCCUGCUACGGGCCUGGGUCUCAACCUCUGAGGUGCAGCCACUCACUGUUCUGAGUAGCAAUGGAGAUCGGCCAGCCUUAACACCAAUCAGGCCUCACCCAGUGAAGCCCAUGAGCUCCAUGGAGAGCCAUGCUCUCAUCAACACCCCAGUGGUGAGAGAGAUGAAGACCUAUGACAGCUCACUGGGAAAUAUGAAGGCACCUUGUAAGGUGGAGAGUGGGCCCUACACCCAGCUGACCCAGGAAGAGCUGAUUACCCUGGUGGUGAAGCAGCAAACGGAGCUCUCCAAGAAGGACUCCAAGAUCGUUGAGUUGGAGGAGUACAUAGACAACCUGCUGGUGCGCGUCAUCGAGGAGAAGCCCAGCAUCCUGCAAGGCCUCACCUCUCCCAAGCAGGACCUGUAAAGUGUGAGGAGUGGACCAGGGAACUGUAGGAUGGAGGGAAAGAUUUAGACUUCUACUCCAACAUUCCGUUUAGUUUGUGUGUGGUUUUAUAUUGCUGUCACUGUGUUGGAUCAAGCAAUCUCUAUGAAGGUCUUGUUUCCUUUGCGCAUAUGCACUUUUGUCUCCAUGAGGAGUCAGGCUGUGAUUCAAUUUCCAGGUUUCUUUCAGAAACCAGGAUGCAUGCUGGGAUCCAGCAUGGGAUGCAUGCUGGAAUGCUUUUUUUCUAGAACUAAUUCAUUAAUCAUUCCAGGCUACUAUUAUUUGACCAGCUUUUGCUCUUGUUGUAACACUACGCUACUGGAAUUCCUUUUUAUACUAAUUUACCGUAUGCGCACAUUUCUUGUCUUUGGGUUGGUACUUUUUUUAAUAAACUUUUUAAAUCGUUCUCCUCUUUAGGAAGAAUAGAACUGGAUGCCCUAGGUAUAUUGAUGUCCAUGUCACUGAUGAAAUGUAUCUGUCCAGGCCUUUGCACAGUGACUCCAUGGUGCCUACAAUUCAGUGGACUUUAAUUAGCUAGUUAUACUUUGAUAUCUGCUCAUCCCAAAGCCUUAACACAGCGCUUCAAUAAUAAGAUGCUAGUGUUUUUUUGUUGCAUUCUUAAACCUUGAUCUUCUUUCAUUGUUUUCUAGGGCUAUGUUUGUCAUCCUUUUCUUUACAUUAUCAUGACUUGCCUUGGUGCUGCUGCUAUACUUCUUGGUGUAAUCACAGGAGUUAAUCUAAUACCAAAUAAAAUGGAUAAUAAUUAUUGUGGGGCUAGGUACAAGUACGUCAACGUUAAUCAGACAGUCCAUGUGGUGUGGUAGGAACAUGUCGGAUAAACAAUGGUCUUAGUGUAGUUAGUUGAAGCAUUAGUGAACCUUUGAUCGGAUUUUCCUGGUUUGAUUGGAAACACUCAUCAGUCAACAUUCCUUACUUCAGUUUCUUGCAUUAGUUACCUUAUUACUUUAGUUGUUUAUCCUACCAUCCCUUUGUUACAUUUUGAAGUCAUGGAUAAGUGUGGCCUAGUGGUUAAGAGCAUUUGGCCAGUAACCGAAAGGUCGCUGGUUCGAAUCCCUCAGCCGGCAAGGUGGAAAGAACUGAUCAUGUUCAUGAGUAAGGAGAGACCUGAUAUUCACCUUUUUUUAAAUAUAUUUAUUUUUAUCUACUGCUGUUGAAUCACUGAUGUACCCACUGUGCAGUCUUUUCUUUCUAUUGUAAAAUAUUUAUGCAAAUAUAAGUGCACAAAUCAUGUCAAAUAUUUAUGCAAGUAACUAAGAGUUUAACUUUGAGAAAGAGCUUCCAAUAUAAUUACAUUUUAAAGGAAAUUUAAAAAAUGUACAACUUCAUAUUCAUUUCUAGCACAACCCAAACAUCAACAAACAGUAUGUGUUUCUAUGUUUUGUAGUAAAAAUGAGAGAACUAAGUGUUUCCAAUUACAUCAAACAAUUAGUAGGCAAUGCCAAAUAAUUGGUGCACAAUGAUGAUGUCAUUGAAAACCCAUCUUCCUCUAUCUUUACUACAAAACAUGGAAACGUGCUAUUUUCACAUAUGUUGAUGUUGGGGAUCUGCUGGAGAUGAGGAAUAUGAAGUUGAAAAAUUGUGAAAUUUCCCUUUUUAAGCAUUAUGAAUGUUUCAAAAUGAACCUUGUCCAUGUUAGAUGUAAUGCCUUUGGCACUUUGAAGUGCUUAAUAAGCGGUAGGCUUUGACACUGACAAUGGCCUUACAACUUGUGUAAAUCUCAAUGUAAUCUACUCGAUGCAUCUUCUGCAACUAUGCCUUUGUGUAAUGUCAUAGCAAUAAGAAAUCUUGUGAAAUAUUCACAUGUCUAUGAUUGUGCCUUCAAGGGUUUUACACCUAAGAAUGUACUUUUUGUGAUUACUGUAAGUCUGGAUUCCUUAAGAGCUUUUUGUUUAUACUCCUUUUAAAUUCAGAGUAUUGUAUACACUUUGAGCUUUCCAAUUGAAAUAAAGUAUAAUAAAUCUUAAUGUUUUGUCAUGUAUACUAUUAAGACAGCUUGAAGACUUAUAAUAGCUGUAGGUCUUAUGAUCCACUGACCUAGACAUUUUUUAAUUAACUGAGAAAUGACUUGUGUAUGUGCAAGGAAUAUGUGUUUGGGUUCUGUUCAAUAAAUGCAUCACUACCUUUA